AGGUUAAUUAAGAAAUCAACAAACAGUAAAGAGAUAGAUCCCUCAUUUCCCCAUUUCUAGGGUUUCUUCAAUUAGAAACAGAGCUCAAGCUCACACAACAAACAUCAACCAUGGAAGCUUCAGCUGCUCAACCUUCCGACACUGAAAUGUCGGAUGCAGGAAUUCCAGCGCCGGAAAAUCCUCUUCCCGAUCACUCUCAACCGCCGCAACAACAACAACAACAACAGAUUAGUAUUCCGGCGACUCUCAGCCAUGGCGGAAGGUUUAUUCAAUACAACAUCUUCGGCAACGUUUUCGAAGUUACUGUCAAGUAUAAACCUCCUAUUAUGCCGAUUGGCAAAGGCGCGUAUGGAAUCGUGUGUUCGGCGUUGAAUUCGGAGACGAACGAGCAUGUUGCGAUCAAGAAGAUUGCGAAUGCGUUUGAUAAUAAAGUUGAUGCAAAGAGGACUUUGCGUGAGAUCAAGCUUCUUAGGCACAUGGAUCAUGAAAACGUUGUUGCAAUUAGAGAUAUUAUACCACCUCCUCGAAGGGAGGCAUUUAAUGAUGUAUAUAUUGCAUAUGAGCUGAUGGACACUGAUCUCCAUCAAAUAAUUCGUUCAAAUCAGGGAUUAUCAGAAGAGCACUGUCAGUAUUUUCUCUACCAGAUACUUCGUGGAUUGAAGUACAUUCACUCUGCCAAUGUUCUUCACAGGGAUCUUAAGCCUAGCAAUCUCUUGCUUAAUGCCAACUGUGAUUUAAAAAUCUGUGAUUUUGGCCUAGCUCGCGUGACAUCGGAGACAGAUUUUAUGACUGAAUAUGUUGUGACAAGAUGGUACCGAGCACCAGAGUUAUUGUUAAAUUCUUCAGAUUAUACUGCUGCUAUUGAUGUGUGGUCAGUAGGUUGUAUUUUUAUGGAGUUGAUGGACCGUAAACCUCUAUUUCCAGGCAGAGAUCACGUGCAUCAGCUACGCCUGCUCAUGGAGCUGAUUGGUACCCCUUCAGAACAUGAGUUAGGAUUUCUCAAUGAAAAUGCUAAAAGAUAUAUUCGUCAGCUCCCUCAGUAUAGAAGGCAGUCAUUAGCUGAGAAAUUUCCACAUGUAAAUUCAGCAGCUAUUGAUCUUGUUGAAAAGAUGUUGACAUUUGACCCCAGACAGAGAAUAACAGUUGAAGAUGCACUAGCACAUCCAUACCUGAACUCGCUGCAUGACAUCAGCGAUGAGCCAAUAUGCAUGACUCCUUUUAGCUUCGACUUUGAGCAACAUGCUUUGUCCGAGGAGCAGAUGAGGGAAUUGAUAUACCGCGAGGCUCUUGCAUUUAAUCCUGAGUUUCAUCCGGAAUGAACACCUGAUAUGAGAUGCUGUGGCUCUGAAUAGCAUGACUCACUUUUUCGUAUGCUCCCAUUAUCUUUCCUUUGUGUACAUAUAAUGUCCAGUCUCGAGUUGGAUGGAUUUGUGCUUUAGCAUUUGAUUCCGCAUAAUACAGGGCAUUUAUGAUGGAAAUAUUGUUUGUAUGAGUGUAAUUGUUAUCUUUAUUUUUUUUAAUCUCGAGGGCCUUUGAAGCGACCUGUAAACACUGCGUUGGCCAUUUGCCCUCUCUUCAUUUUCAUUGUCUUCACGUAUGUGUAAGAUUAAUUGUAUUAGUUGUUUAUUCGGAAAGACAAGGCUAAUUCAGCCACUAAUCACAGUUUCUCGUCCUGGCUAGCUUAUCAUC